GGCAGGUGUCAGGUGCCCCAUCCCCAGGAGGCCAAGGCGGCAAAGCAGGCUGCAGCUGACAGUGCUGUCUUGAGCAUUCAGUGGUUGGUGGCCAGCUGCUGGAGGAGGCCCUGGACUUGGUCCCUGUGGUAAUGGUGCAGUCAUUGCUAAAGGUUACGAGUGGAUCCUAUUUAAAAGGACAGUUCUUCCUUGUUUGGAAGUGUCUGAGUUCAAGUCAUGUUCCUGCUGGUGGUUGGAGCCUCACAGUUUCAGGGUACUUGUGGAUCAGCCCCCGUAGCCUGGCUGUAAGACUUCUGGGGGCUGCGGGGGAGCCCAGCACCGUGGCUCCUGGGAGGGAGGCUGCCACCUUACCUCAGCCUCAUCUGGAGCAGCCCCCACGCCUGGAGUCCUGUUCAGGUUUCAUUGAUGAAGGUUUCUCAAGAGCCCUGGACCCUGAAUACGGUGUUUGUGAAAACUUGCGGAAGCUGGAGAUUACAGGCGUGUCUUGUCGAGACGUCUAUGCAAAACGUAUAAACCCUCGGGUGAAGUCGGGACGCUUCAUGAGAAUCCUCCCCGAUUACGAGCACAUGGGAUACAGAGACGUGUACACCUGCCUGCUCCACCGGUACCGGCACAUUUUGGGAUUGUGGCAGCCAGACAUCGGGCCAUACGGAGGACUGCUGAACGUGGUGGUGGAUGGCCUGUUCAUCAUUGGCUGGAUGUACCUGCCCCCACACGACCCUCAUGUGGAUGACCCCAUGCGAUUCAAGCCUCUGUUCAGAGUCCACCUGAUGGAGAGGAAGUCCGCCACGGUGGAGUGCAUGUAUGGCCACAAAGGACCCCACAACGGCCACAUUCAGAUUGUGAAGAAGGACGAGUUCUCCACCAAGUGCAACCAGACGGACCACCACAGGAUGUCUGGUGGGAGGCAGGAGGAGUUCCGGACGUGGCUGAGGGAGGAGUGGGGCCGCACACUGGAGGACAUCUUCCACGAGCACAUGCAGGAGCUGAUCCUGAUGAAGUUCAUCUACACCAGCCAGUACGACAACUGUCUGACCUACCGCCGGAUCUACCUGCCGCCAAGCCGCCCCGACGACCUCAUCAAGCCCGGCCUCUUCAAGGGCACCUAUGGCAGCCACGGCCUGGAGAUCGUCAUGCUCAGCUUCCACGGCCGCUGUGCCAGGGGCACCAAGAUCACGGGCGACCCCAACAUUCCUGCAGGGCAGCAGACGGUGGAGAUCGACCUGAGGCACCGCAUUCAGCUGCCCGAUGUCGAGAACCUCCGCAACUUCAACGAGCUCUCGCGCCUCGUGCUGGAGGUGCGUGAACAGGUGCGGCAGGAGCAGCAGCAGCAGCAGCAGGACGGCGAGGGCCCUGCCCCACCCCAGGAGCCGCUGUCAGCACGGGGGCCACCUGGGGCACCUGCCGAAGAGGGUGGGGACCCCAGAGGUGGAGCAGCUGCGGCCGAGCAGCCAGCCCAGUCCGGGCAGCCGUUCGUGUUGCCCGUGGGUGUGAGCUCGAGGAAUGAGGACUACCCGCGGACCUGCAGGAUGUGUUUCUAYGGCACGGGCCUCAUUGCCGGCCACGGCUUCACCAGCCCCGAGCGCACCCCUGGCGUCUUCGUCCUGUUCGACGAGGACCGCUUCGGCUUUGUCUGGCUGGAGCUCAAGUCCUUCAGCCUGUACAGCCGGGUGCAGGCCACCUUCCGGAAUGCAGAUGCACCGUCCCCACAGGCCUUUGAGGAGAUGCUCAAGAAUAUCCAGUCCCUUACCUCCUGACCACCACGCCUGCUGUGGGCCAGCCUGGCCCUGCUACCAGGAGCAGAAGCAGCAUGCACUUUGAAAUGCGGCCUUUUUAUAGAAUGCGCACCUUCUCGCCAGGGGCCCCGCCCCGCCCCGCCCCAGACACUGUACGCAGAGCGCAGAACGUGUUCCUGUAAGGUGGCGUGGCGGCAGCCCAAGGAGAUGCUGAGCAUGUCUCCCCCCCGUCUCCCCUCACUCUCUCACGUACACCAAAAAACCAAAAAAAAAAACAGGAGCAGAUGAACCAGAUGAGAUCUCCUCCACCAGGGGGAGCUGGCUGGAGGUCUUCCUCCUUAGGGAGGGUGGCCACAGUCACUUCCCCGGCACGUGCACACCCAUCUUGUCUGAGCUGUUCUGCUCCACCCUCCCCUCCCCACUGGACGAGGAGCAGACGUGGUCAUGACUGGAGGGCCUGGGGGUGGGCAGGAGGAGGUGCAGCACUCUGUGGGGACGGUGAACGGGGACAGUAAGUGCAGAGAAGAGCUCGGGGAGUUGAUGGAGCAUCAGGGUCCUGUUUGGGACUCUGCGUUGAGUUUCCUUUCUCUGCUGACUUGCUGGGAGUUUGGACAGAAAGGCUUUUCUCCCCGAUCAGUUUUCCAGUCAGUGAAACGGGACCAGGGUGUGGAAAGUGGGAUUGUCACUGCGCACGCAGGUCUCUGCACUGCCCCACUGCGCUCCACGUGAGAACCAAGGUCACCACUACCAGGACCGUGCCGCAGUCAGCUCCAGGCAGGCGCCUUCCUGUUUCCCACUGUGCAGAGCCACCUGACCCCUGGGGACCCUCCAGCCUGGAGACUCCUGCCUGAGAUCUGGUGACGUGGUGUCUCCCGGAGGACAGCACGACAUGCCAAGGCCUCAGGAUCUGGUGUCCACCCCCUCCGCCUCAGGGUCACUGAUGCCAGGGUACCUCUUCUCAGCUGCUUGUCCUCGUUGGCCCCUCUGAGCCCUUCUGCUGGGCACUCAGAACAAACUUGUCCUCCUGACGAGAGGGCUCAGGGUGGUGGCAUUCAAGCACGGAGACCAACGCCUGCCUGGCCUUUCAGCCAUCCUGGUACCCAGCUCCGAUGCUGGGCAGCUCUUCUGCUUCCAGCAGCCGGUGAACCAGCUCUGUGGCAAGGCCCCUCGGCAGCUGGGCUCCCCAAGAGGUCCUGUUCUUGGGAAGAGGCAGAUGGAGGAGCUGGGCUCUCUCCCAGGCAGCAGCAGGGUCCACGUGCUGCCUGAGCCCUUCUCGAGACACCCCACCCCAGGACUUCUGGCGGCCUGCAGUGUUGCCCAGGCGAGGUCCCAUUCCCAGUACCUUUUGCAGGGUUGAGCCGCGAGCCUCCGUGACUUCCUUUGUUAGUUGUGACUCUACCAAGCGAGGAAGUCUCCGGCAGGCUGUUAGGACACCAAGGCUGCUUGGGCCUGUGCUGGGUGCUCUGUGUCACCACUGGCAAAUCAAGAGUGCAUUUCUUACCAGGGGCCUGGGGCUUGCUUUGAGGGACCCUCCCUCGGAGGUUCCCCUCAGCCUUGUAAAGAGCACAUUGGUGGAAGACGAGUGCGUGUAAUUAAAAAACCCUCAAACCCA